ACAGAUAUACUGGGAAGGGAGUAUACCUCGCCGUUUCCGCCUUAAGUUUGCUCCAACCCUGAAAACCAGUCCCCUCCCUUCCGCCAAACCCUCCCCCCAGUAACCCACAGGUAAGCAUCUGGCCUUUGCCUGAGGGGUACCCAUUGGAACCCUGUGAUCUGAAUCCUCGGUGGAAGAGAAGAUGCCCUAGUCAGAGGCAUUUGGAAGGCCUGGUGCUGCCCCCCCAACGUCUGCCUCAAAAGUUUGAGGUCUUGGGGGUGGAGUUAAGCUGGCCUACAUCCAACUCUCCCAGGAGCCUCUUUUCCUGGACUUAAGCCCUCCCCCUCACAGUCCCUCUGCUGCCUCCAUUGAGUGACAAGGCCACCUGCAGAUCCUUGCCCAAGUUAGGAGGUGCCUCACUGCGAGCUAAAGAUAGCCAUUGGGCCUUCUGGGUGGCCAUACCUCCCAUUUUAGUAAGAGCUGCUCCCGGGUUAGGCUGCCAGACCCUGGAAAAGACUAUUCGGCCACCACCACCCCCGUUGCCAUGUCCAUGCUCUGCUUUAAUAAAGGCUGUGGGCAGCACUUCGACCCAGAUGCCAACCUCCCAGAUGGCUGUCGCCAUCACCCUGGGGUGCCCAUAUUCCAUGAUGCCCUUAAGGGUUGGUCCUGCUGCCCUAAACGAACAACAGAUUUCUCAGAGUUCUUAAGCAUCCAGGGCUGUACUCUGGGACCACACUGUGCCGAGAAGCCUCCGGAGAGCUCUAGUACUAGGAGUGCCCUCAAGGGGCCCAAGCAUUCCGACGCCAUUCCGAAGUCAGCAGAGACACUUCGUCGGGAAAGGCCUAAGGAAGAGCUGAACCUGUGCCUCCUGCCACUCAGCGUAUCUCAUGCCCUGGAGAGUGCCCUGGAACAGAAGGAGCUUGCAUCAGAGGCCCCCGAGCCUGGAGCAGGACUUGGUGACUCUGUGGUCCAGCCUGGCUCUGUCUGCCGGAACCCGGGAUGCGGGGCUGUGUUCCAAGGCCCAGAGAGUGAUGCCAGCCCCUGCAGUUUCCAUCCUGGAGGGCCUCGAUUCCAUGAGGGGAUGAAGUCUUGGAGCUGCUGUGGCAUAACAACUGUGGAUUUUAGCACGUUCUUGGCACAACCAGGAUGCAGCCUAGGUAGACACCUAUGGCAGACACAGCAACGUGUCUCCUGCCGCCGUGACUGGCACCAGACGGCCUCUGUAGUGGUGGUGACCGUGUAUGGCCAGCGACCGCUGCCUGCGCUCAGCUGGGUCAAGGCCAGUCGGACCAAGCUUCACAUCCACAUAGCUUUUGAGGGCAACCGGGUUUUCCAGGAACAAAUGGAGCUGUGUGGGGUCAUAAUCGUGGAACAAAGCGCUGUCUCCCUCAUGCCAUCUCGGGCUGAGAUCUCCCUGACCAAGGCUGACCCAGGGCCUUGGGCCCACUUGGAGCAGCCAGGAACGGGGAUGCCCGUUGGGAAGGUUGGGGAGGACGUUGGGUCUGGGAUGAUCGGAGAGGAGCCGGAGGAUUCAGAUGAUGAUUUGAGCUGGACAGAGGAAGAGGAGGAAGAGGUUGAGGGAGAGUGACCCCUAGCUAGUUCAAGAACAACAUCUGGAGGCUUGUUUCCUUCUCAGUACCUGGUCUUAGUCUUCCCCGCCUCUUCACAUUCCCAACGAAAAACAACUCCCCGCCACCAAAUAAAACCAAACCAAGCCACACAGA